AUGUCGUCGCAACCCCUCACCGACAAACCCAAACCACUCAGCGGUCGUAUCGCAAUUGUGACCGGUGCAUCACGUGGAAUCGGCAAAGGUAUCGCUGUUCAGCUCGGUGAAGCCGGUGCAAAGGUCUACAUUACAGGACGUGAGCCGUCAAAAUCCUACGCGGCUCAACAAGAGGGUCUUCCAUCGUUGAAUGACACAGCUGAGGAAAUCAAGAACCGUGGUGGUGAGGCAGUUCUGGUCUAUUGCGAUCAUUCGAAUCCAGAUGACGUUAAGAAGCUAUUUGACAAAGUUGCGUCAGAAUGCGAUCAGAAACUCGAUAUUCUUGUCAAUUGCGCUUUCUCCGGAGCACCGAGUAUUUUGGAAGGCGCAGGCAAGAAGUUUUAUGAUUUUGAUCCACUUGUAUGGGAUGAAGUGAAUAACGUUGGUUUGCGUAAUGUGUACAUCUGUUGUGUUUAUGCGGCACGCUUGAUGGUACCUCAGAAAAGAGGCCUCAUCGUGAACAUAAGCUCAACUGGCGGUCUUCAUUACUUCUUCAAUGUCGUCUACGGAGUUGGAAAGGCCGGGAUGGACCGAAUGGCCACUGAUAUGGCCGUUGAGUUGAAAUCCGAUGGAAUUUGUUCAGUAUCGCUUUGGCCAGGUGCCGUCAAGACUGAGCUGUUCAAGAAGAUGGUUGAUUCGGGAAAAUUAUCUGAACUGAGUGGUAUGGAAAUCAAGCAGGAUCUCGCUGAACGGUUCUACAAAAAUGCUGAAACACCGGAAUUUGUGGGACGUGGUGUGGUUGCGUUGGCAUGCGAUGAGAAUGUGAUGAAGAAAAGCGGUCGUAUUCUUUUAACGUCGGAUUUGGGACAAGAAUACGGCUUUGUUGACAUCGAUGGUGAGUGCCGUUCCAUCUAUAAUCUUUGUUUCUUGAUUCAUUCAUUCACAGCAGAUUUUGUGUUUUGUUUCAUAAAUCAAUCACGGAAGCGAUUAAAUUAA